AUGGUGCCUGUCGAAGCGGAUCGCGAUCUCGCGACUGAAGCAGAAGCUGUUGCAAGGGACGUCACAAGUGAGUGGCCGUCCUCUACUACUGCUACUACCUCAGCUCCUGGUUCACCGUUACGAAAGUUCUCGACGUUGAAGAAAAGUCGUGACGGCAUGCAGCGUGCUGCUCGACGGAUCAAGCGACGAGGACGUUUUACGAUAAUUGAAAUGGCGUCUGAUUCGCCUACGUCGAGGAAGAACUCGGAUGAACAGUUGUACGAUCAUCGAGUGGCCACCACAACGUCGACCGAAGGAUCUUCGGGUAGAAUUGCUCCGCAGCACCACAGCUGCAGCUUCGAACCCGUUGAACGUCGCGCUAAACCCAAGCGGGCGCCGCGGUCUAUGUCUCGUCUUCGACCGCCCUCCUCCUAUCGUCGAUCGCGACGGCAAACGGAAGGUCUAUUAACAGAAUACGUGGAAAUGGCGAGAACCCCUACCGACCAGCAACAGCAGCAGAAAACAGCAGCUUGUGCUGAGCUUCAGAACAUGCUACUUGCUGAGAGCAUCGAUGCGCUGGCGAAAGUUUCCUUGACAGGUGCUGUUGGUGACAGUACGGGUGCUGCACCGAUCUUGAGCGCCAGCGCGCCAGUAUCCAUGGCUAGCGUAACAACACCCGACAGCGAACGGGCUAGCACGGUCCCAACGCCUGCUGUUCGACCUGUUAUGCCGCCUCCACAGCAUGUCAAGGGCUGUGCGAUGAAUGGCAGCACGGGUCCAUCGCAAACGUCACCACAAGCUAUUUCAGCCGCCCAGUUUCUGCAGCAGCAGCGAACGAUAGCCUCUCUUGUCCGACAACAGCACGGUUUGAAGCAGAUCAUUGGCGUGCUGCGAGAACAGCAGCAACAACUCAUGUCCAUUCCAUCGCAGCUCAGUGAGCUCAACGGACCGAGCGCGAGUUGCGACGACGGUCGGACUAAAGAUGAGGAGAUGCGUGUACUUCACACGAAACUCGAGUCGUUAACACGAUCCAAUGAGUCACUGCAUUCGCUGUUGGACGUUGCAGAGCAGGAAGUGCGUCAUCGCACAUUGCAACUCGAAUGUUUGUCGGAGGAGAACGAUGUGCUUCGUCACCGCUGUGGACAGCUGGAGCUUUUUCUGCAAGGGCGUCGGGCUGGAGGCUAA